AAUGUUAACCCUUCAAUGUGAAUGUCUGUCUCAGUUUCAUUGUGAUAAGAAGAAGAUAUACACAUCUGUCAGAAAAAAAUUUUUAUUGUUAGUUUAAUGAAUUUUCAUCCAAAUAUUUAAGAACAAAACAUAAAAUUACUAUUAAAAUGAUUUGUCGUCUAUGUUUAAAAGACAUUCCAAAAGAAUCCAGCAUUAAAUUGUAUGAAAAUUUAGACACAUCAAGUGAUUCCCUAGAAAUGGUCAAACUAAUCGAAAAGUAUUUGGAAAUUGAAAUUAAACAGAACGACAUUGUAUCGACUAUUAUAUGUCAAGAUUGUUAUGAUCACUUGGAAGAGUUUCAUCGAUUUUCGCAACAAGUGGCUGAGAAGCAGCUAACACUGCGUAAUGAGUUUAUGGAUGUAAAUCUUAAGAAAGAAUUUAAUUUUGAUGAUGAUGGUGAUGCUUGGGACAAUGAUGAUCAUGAGGAUAAAAUUGAAAUGGAUCCGAAAGAAACUACACAAAUGACCAUUAACUGUCCGAUAAGUAUGUUUAAGGAUGAAUCGGAUAAUGAUGAUGAUAAUGACGAAAAGGAAAUGCCUACAGAGGACUUAAUGGAUACUGUUAUAGGUAAUGUGGAGAAAGACAUUAUAGCACCUGAUAGUGUAGCGGUCAAUGAAGAAGAGGAUGAUGAUUACUUACCAGAUCAAAUUUCUUCGGAAGAUGAUGAUGUGCCCUUAAUAAAACUUAAAUCCACUAAGAAAACGAAGAACGCAAAAACAAAACGUAAAAAAGCUCCUGCAAAACCUCGCGAGAUUAAAGAGAAGAAACCAGCUAAAAAGAAAUUAUCCGCACAAGAAGAAGUGGCCAUGUCUAUGGAUCUAGUAUGUGAUAUUUGUCAGACACGCGUUGAAACCUGGAAGGCAUUAAGAGAACACUUUCUGCUGGCACAUACCAAGACACCCUAUAUUAAAUGCUGUGACAUUACCUAUCGUAAACCACGAGAACUUAUUGAACAUCUUGAGUGGCACAAAAAUCCGGAUAUGUUUAAAUGUCAAAUUUGUGAUAAAAAUAUGUCGAGUGCUCGUAAUCUAACUAUACAUAUAACUUCAGAACAUCCCGAUGAAGCUGAUUCAGUUGAAUUCUACGAGUGCGAACACUGUUCCAAACGUAUACGCAAUUAUAAUCUAUUUAAGAAGCAUUUACGUUCUCACAACAAAGAUAAAGAAGUUGAAUGUCAUAUUUGCAAUAAAAGAUGUGCAACUAUAUAUCGUUUUCGAAAUCAUAUUGCAUCCGUACACAAUGACAUCUACCGUCAUAUCUGUGAUAUUUGUGGCAAGAAAUUCAAAUCGAAAAUUUUUUUUCAAAAACACUACGACGAACAUCAGGGCAUUGUCGAUCCACCCGUACAAUGUACCAUCUGCCAAAAGUGGCUUAAAAACAUACGCGUACUUCGACUGCAUCGUUUUGAGCAUGAGAAACAUCCUGCAGCAUGCAAUAUAUGUGGAAAAGUAUUUGAAACCAAACAUAGAUUGCGUCGGCACAUAUCCUAUUGGCAUAAUUCUGAUGUAAAUUUGCAAUGCAGCUAUUGUGAUAAAGUUUUUCGACAAGAACGCAAUCUAAAAGAACAUAUGGCGAUACAUACGGGAGAACAGCUUUAUAAAUGUCCUCACUGUCAAAAGGAGUCACGUUCCAGAUCAAAUAUGUAUGUUCAUAUAAAGAGACAACAUCCUGCAGAAUGGUGGAAAUCGAAAAUGGAACGUUUAAAUAUAGAUUUAAACACAGUUAAUCCUUAAAGAGGCAACAGCCUUCAGAAAGUGCGAAAUCGAAAAUGAAACGUUUAAGCAUUGAUUUUAAAACAGAAAACCCUUAAUUUAAACAAAUUAAUCAAAUUUUUUACAUAAUUUUGUAAAUGUAUUUACGAUGUAUGUUUUAAUUAAAGGAAUAUUAAUUAUUACAGUUAUUAAGUUUUUUGUAAAUGUUAUUUUACUGAUUACCUACAUGUAUGAAUUUUUUGAAAAAAAAAAAAUCUGUUUUCUUUCUUAUUUAUGAAAAAUGGAAUUGGUUGGCCAACAACUGUUAAUGUUGCCUAAUAUAGAAUUCAUUUGCAGAAAGACCGGUAUAAAAUCUUUCAGAUAUUCUAUACUAAAGUUUGUGUUGUGAAUAUUUUCUAUAUUUUUAUUAAGUAUUUCUGCGAUUUUUUUAUUUUAAUUCCGAAGACCUAGAACUAAACUAGAACUGAACUACAAGUGAUGUAGAACUUAGCUAGAACUGAACUAGAAGUAAACUUUCGAAAAGUUUUGGAAUUUGUAAAAUUUAAGAUUGUCUCUUUAGGGUCAAUUAAACAAUGAAAUACCAUUUUAUUUUAUAACAUAAUGCGGUACAUAUCUAAAUAGACUAUUGAUUAUUCUAUACAAUUUU